AUGCAGUCAGUGCAGAGCCGCUCUCAGCUGUGCUCUGCACGCCCGUCUCUUCCAGGAAACGUCUUUGUGGUGAGCCUGGCGGUCGCAGACCUGGUGGUGGCCGUCUACCCGUUCCCGCUGGUGCUGACGUCCAUCUUCAACAACGGGUGGGGCCUGGGGCCCCUGCACUGCCAGCUGAGCGCCUUCCUGAUGGGCCUGAGCGUCAUCGGCUCGGUGUUCAGCAUCACCGGCAUCGCCGUGAACCGCUACUGCUACGUCUGCCACAGCCUCAAGUACGACAGGCUGUACAGCGGCAGGAACUCCCUCUGCUGCGUGCUCCUCAUCUGGGCGCUGACCCUCGUGGCCGUCGUGCCCAGCCUGCACGCCGGGACGCUGCGGUAUGACCCCCGGAUCUACUCCUGCACGUUCGCCCAGUCGGUCAGCGCAGCCUACACCGCAGCGGUGGUGGUCUUUCACUUCGUGGUCCCGAUGGCCAUCGUCGCCUUCUGCUACCUGAGAAUAUGGGUCCUGGUUCUUCAGGUCAGGCGGAGGGCGAAACCCCACAGCAGGCCCAAACGGAAACCGCAGGAUUUCAGGAAUUUUGUCACCAUGUUUGUGGUGUUUGUGCUCUUUGCCAUCUGCUGGGCUCCUCUGAACUUCAUAGGUCUGGCCGUGGCCUGGGACCCGGUUAACGUGGCGCCCCGGAUCCCCGAAUGGCUGUUUGUGGCAAGUUACUACAUGGCGUAUUUCAACAGCUGCCUCAAUGCCAUUAUAUACGGGCUGCUGAACCAGAACUUCAGGAACGAGUACAGGAGAAUCCUCGUCUCCCUGUGCACAGCUAAGAUUUUCUCUGUGGACAGCUCUAACCACGUAGCAGACAGGGUUAAAUGCAAGCCCUCUCCGUUGAUGGCCAACAAUAAUCUAGUAAAGGUGGACUCCGUUUAA